CCAAACGUGAAUCAAUGGUAAUGCGGCGUGCAUUGCUCAGCACAUUGCAAUCUUUCUCCUUUGAAAAGGCGGCCGUGCUCAAUGUGGCAGCGAAACUCAAUGUCUCGAUACGCCACUUCCAUGGACACGUGAGAAAGGUGAAGUUGGCAAACACCACUGCAGGUGGACAUUUUACAAUGCCUUCGAGACGUGGUGCAUUGAGCAGCUGUGGAGAAGAUGACAAUGCCAUCACAGUGUGGACAACCGAAGAUGCUCCAGACAAAGCCCAGAAAAUAGUGGCAGCAAGCAAUGCUGAUGUGCCAGAUGCAGAGGUUGUGGUGGAGGCGAUCCAUAGCUACUACUGGUGGGAUGGCAAGGUGCACUUCGACCCUGAGUGGCGGGUGGCUGUUACUACCGUUGCACCAUUUGAGACGGUGAAGGAUGCCAUCGGGAAGGUUCACAGCUACGAUCUUCCGAUGAUGAUUUACAACUUGGCUGAUGUGCCCGAUCAACAUAUGUACUGGAAGGGCAUUGUUCAACUUUCUACACAUGAUGCAACUGAGCUUGCGGGGAAGCUCGUGGAGCAACGAGUUGUGGCAUGUGCGCAGACGACCUCCACGGGGCUUUUGGCUGUGAAGACAGUGGAUUUGGCAUCGCGGAUUUGGCACGGUUUUCUCGGGUCUCAGACCCACAUCGUUCACGAGUUGUUUGUCUGUACUCGCAAGGGAAAGACUCCACAGCUAGAACGUUUAUCCGGUCCACAGUGUGCCAGUCUAAGGUUGGAUUGGAGAACAUGUUUGAAUGAAGAGCUAGAUUGCAGAGCCUGCCUAGCCAUUCUGGUCCUUUGCGUCCUGAAGUACAAGGCUUUGGUGGACGCAAGCUCCAAUGCAGCAGUGGCAUGGGCAGCGAUUGGCGGAAACGAGGGCUAUUUGAAAUGGCUUGAAGACGAGUGUAUUGGAGUCAAGUAGGCUUGUUGGCACUUAUCAAAAUCUUGGUGCCAGAGUUCUCUCCGGUGCAAAACUUGCACAGAGGCUGUAGCACUGCCAGGGCAAAGAAUUGUGCAGGAUUUGCUGCAUGCUACCUGGUACGUGGUGCCCAUGCUUCGACUGAAGAAGGGCUUGUGCUCAACACACUUUCGGUUGACCGUGUUCCGCAUAAUAAUCCAAACUGCAUAGGCUGGCAUGGCACAGUCCGCAUCUUGAGUUUGACCAGCUUUUGGAAGAACUUCUGUCCAAGCACAUGUGUGGA